AUGUUUGUAAACGGUGUUCAACUUAUCAGUUCACGGUUGGAAAACAUUAGUUUGGACUAUCAAAGAAACAUGCAGCCAAUACCAGAAAGACCGCCGAUUUGCCCGAAAACCCAGCUACCUCAUUUACAUCUGACACCUUCUGAUGCCGGUCAGAAGAAGACUGAUGGAAGUCCACAAGAAACAGAUAACCCGUGGCUUCUUAAGCCUCAGCAUGAGAUUCCCGCAACGCCUCCCCCUCAGAAAAAUCAACAGGCCGUCAAUUACUUCCAGCAAAGGAUAGGAUAA